AAAAUUUAUCUACUCUUUUCGCCGCCAAGGACGUAAGAGUUAUGUCUCACAGAAAGUUUGAGCAUCCAAGACACGGUUCUUUGGGUUUCCUUCCAAGGAAAAGGGCUAACAGGCAGCGUGGCAAAGUGAAGGCCUUCCCCAAGGAUGAUCCUACAAAGCCUUGCAGACUCACUUCCUUCUUGGGGUAUAAAGCUGGGAUGACUCACAUUGUCAGAGAAGUUGAAAAACCUGGAUCAAAGCUCCACAAGAAGGAAACAUGUGAAGCUGUGACUGUGAUUGAGACACCUCCGAUGGUGGUUGUUGGUGUUGUUGGGUACGUGAAGACACCCCGUGGUCUGCGAUCUCUAACCACUGUCUGGGCUCAGCAUUUGAGCGAAGAAGUGAGGAGGAGGUUCUACAAGAACUGGGCCAAGUCUAAGAAGAAGGCUUUCACCAAAUACUCUAAGAAGCAUGAAACCGAAGAAGGUAAAAAAGACAUUCAAAGUCAAUUGGACAAGAUGAAGAAGUACUGCACUGUCAUCAGAGUUCUUGCCCACACUCAGAUAAGGAAGAUGAAAGGACUCAAGCAGAAGAAGGCUCAUCUGAAUGAGAUUCAGGUCAACGGUGGAGACGUAGCAAAGAAGGUUGACUAUGCCUACAGUCUAUUCGAGAAGCAAGUCCCUGUGGAUGCUAUCUUCCAGAAAGAUGAAAUGAUUGAUAUCAUCGGUGUCACUAAAGGGAAAGGUUAUGAAGGUGUGGUUACAAGAUGGGGUGUGACCCGUCUUCCAAGGAAGACUCAUCGUGGACUCCGCAAGGUGGCUUGCAUUGGAGCUUGGCACCCUGCUAGAGUCUCUUACACAGUGGCUAGAGCUGGGCAGAACGGGUACCACCACCGUACUGAGGUGAACAAGAAGAUUUACAGGCUUGGUAAAGUUGGCCAAGAGACUCACACAGCCAUGACCGAGUUCGACAGAACCGAGAAGGAGAUCACACCGAUGGGAGGGUUCCCGCACUAUGGGAUAGUGAAGGAAGAUUAUUUGUUGAUCAAGGGAUGUUGCGUGGGGCCGAAGAAACGUGUGGUGACUUUGAGACAGAUGUUGUUGAAGCAGACUUCUAGGGUUGCAUUGGAGGAGAUAAAGCUCAAGUUCAUUGACACGUCUUCUACUGGUGGACACGGUCGUUUCCAGACUGCUGAGGAGAAGGCCAAGUUCUAUGGUAGAGUCAAGGCUUAGAUUUUUUUUUCAAAUCCCAUUAAAACAUUUUCUUUUUCGGAUUCGUUGUUUUUCGAGUUUCUUUCUUUGUUGGCCUUUUUGACGUUGGUACUUGUUCUUUUGACGUUUGAGCAUUCUCUUCCAUUUUGGUUUGAUUUGACUUUGAUUUUAAAACGCUACUUUGUCUAAAUCGAAGAGCAGAAAUCUAACCGCCAUUUGGUUC